UUUUACCUCCUCUCUACCACUUCUUUCUCUUCAAGAGAGUGCUAUCCUUAUCGCAAGUGUCUUGUCUUCCUGGCGUCUGCCAUGUAAUUUUAAUCUUCGCUUCGUCUGUUUGGCAAAACGCUUUCUUCUUGAGAGACGGCAAUUAGACACCAUACCGUAUUCUCCUCUCACUCCGCUGGACCACCGGUUGCCUGCCUGUCGCUUCUGUAAACUCAGCGAGACAUCUUUCUAUCGUCAUGAAUCCGUCCAACAAAGAUGGAUGGCAUUCAGGGGCUAGCGGUCCGCAGCCGCAUCCUGCAGUAGAACAGCUCGGGCAGCAGUCGAACAGGCCUCUCGGCUAUGGGCCCCUAUCAUGCAGUUAGCCAGCCUUCUAGCCACACACUUCCCACUCUAGCAGACCUGACGCAAGGUGCCAAUGUACCACCUCCAUCACAUCAGCAGCCGCCAAGAUACGCGCAACAUCAACAACCAUCCCUGGGGGGUUCACAUUCCCUUCCCGGCAUUAGUCAAUCGAUCCAGCAUUCCUCACCGCAGUCAUCUAUCAACCGAGAUAGAGAGAGAGAAUCUCGGGACAGGGACAGGGACAUUCUCGAGAGACAGCGCGAAAUGCAGCGAGAGGAGGAGAUGAUGCAACGGGAGCGUGAGAUUCGCGAAAGGGACCGCGAGCAUGCAGAGCGGUACCAUCGCGAACAGCAGCAACAACAGCAACAGCAGCAACAUCAUCCCGUUCAAAGCCACACUGGCUCCAUUCCAAUACAUCAGCCUGUCGCCUCCAAAGUUCAAAAUUCGAUCCAUGGUCCUAACGGAUUGCUUUCGAAUCUUGGUGCGACCACUGGCCCAAAUGCACCCCAGAAUGCUCUUCAGGGUUCUAGCGUCCCAGGAGGUUUGUUCGGCGGCCAGAUGCAGCAUCCAGAUGGACCACCAAGACAAUAUAUGCCCGUCCAAUCUCAGUCCCUGUUAUUUGGUGGGAAUGCGCCCUCGCAGAUCCCAGGGAGUGUUGCCGCAUUGGCGCAAGGCCAGCAACCUAUACUUAAUGACGCUCUCAGCUACCUUGAUCAGGUCAAGGUCCGAUUCGUCGAGCACCCGGAUGUUUACAAUCGGUUUCUUGACAUCAUGAAAGAUUUUAAAAGCCAAGCCAUUGACACCCCUGGAGUUAUCCAACGCGUCUCGACUCUUUUCAACGGACAUCCCACUCUUAUUCAAGGAUUCAAUACCUUCCUCCCACCCGGGUAUAGGAUUGAAUGUGGGCCAGACGACAAUCCGGACGCGAUUCGCGUCACCACACCCUCUGGAACGAUCUCCAUGUCUGCGGGCCGUCCAGCUUUGGAGGCUACCACUGAAUCUGGACAAAGUGGGGGUUUAAUUCCUCCGAGUCGCACAGAGUAUUUUGAGCAAUCCCGUCCAGGGUGGCAGCCCGGGCACGAACAGCAACAACAGCAACCUCAGCAGGGCCCAAUGCCUGGUGCUGUUGGCUCUUAUUCCCCAAGUGGCAGAAUGGUUCCACCUCAGUAUGGCCAGCAGGGUGCACAGGGUCAGCACCACGAAGGUUCAUACGAGUAUCAGAGCCAGCAUGAGCAGCCUACCCCGGCAACAAAUGCUGCUCUGCUCCAUCAACAAGAACAGCGCGGAGUGUCUCAGUUGCAGAACGCCGUCUCUGUCGCGACUGGAGGCGCCGGGCGAUCGAUGAUGCAACUUCCUCCCGGUGGCAGCCAGACACCUGGCCCUAAUCAACCCGCGACUUCAUUGGCAGGAAUGGGCUCUGGUGUUCUUCAAGGAACUCAGAACGAGGCUACUCGACGAGGCCCCGUCGAAUUUAAUCAUGCAAUCAGCUACGUUAACAAAAUCAAGAAUCGAUUUGCGGACUCUCCUGAGAUAUACAAGCAGUUCCUCGAGAUUUUGCAGACCUAUCAAAGGGAAUCCAAGCCGAUCCAGGAUGUGUAUGCGCAGGUGACCGUUCUGUUCAACUCUGCCCCGGAUCUCUUGGAAGACUUCAAGCAAUUUCUUCCCGAAUCGGCAGCCCAAGCGAAGGUUCAAGGGCAAGGCCGCCAAGAUGAGGUUCCUAUUUCUGUGAGCAACGUUCGCGGAGAGCCUGGUUAUAGCUCUGCUGCCCUCCAGAGCCAGUCCUCUAGGGACACUGUCAAGAUGCCGCCUCUGGGUCAGUUCAGCGUUAAGGAUUCGGCAAAGGAAAGCAAGAAGCGGCGCGGUGGUCCUGGUGCGCAAGCUGGUGCGACUUCGAUCGGCGCCCCUGGCCCAAUGGAAACUUCUGUUGGAGGACCGGCAAGCAAGGUUCAAGCAUCCCAAAUUGGAAAUGUCAACAAGAGAACGAAACUUACGCAUAAGCCUGCACCACCUGAGGCUGCGCCUGCGAUAUCUCCCACGCUUGUGCCUGCACCUCCAGAACCCAUCCCACCAACCUUUACACUCUCAGCAUCUCAAGAAGAAUACGCCUUUUUUGACCGUGUCAAGAAGUUCAUUGGCAACAAACAAAUAUUCAGCGAGUUCCUCAAGCUGUGCAACUUGUAUUCUUCAGACUUGAUUGACAGGAAUGUCCUUGUUAACAAAACAGCAGGGUUUAUUGGCUCUAACCAAGAGUUAAUGAAUUGGUUCAAGCGAUUUAUGCACAUAGAACCAAAAGACGACAUCAUCGAGCCGAAGGCCAAGGACGAAUCUGGAACUGUCAACCUUGCGCAUUGUCGAGCCCUUGGGCCUAGUUACCGGCUUCUUCCAAAACUCGAGAGACAGAAGCCCUGCAGCGGCCGUGACGAGCUCUGCCAAAGUGUUCUGAACGAUGAGUGGGCAUCGCAUCCAACAUGGGCAUCAGAAGAUUCUGGUUUCGUUGCACAUCGAAAGAACCAGCAUGAAGAUUCUCUGCACAGGGUCGAGGAAGAUCGUCAUGAUUACGACCACUAUAUCGAGGCUGGAAUUCGAACCAUACAGCUCAUGGAAGCUUUGUUACAACAAAUCUCAAUUAUGACAGAGUCAGACAGAGCCAAUUUUAAAUUACCACCAGGACUCGGUGGGCAAAGCGAGACGAUUUAUAAGAAAGUUAUCAAAAAAGUUUACGAUAAAGAAUACGGCCUUCGCAUUAUAGAUGAGCUAUUCGCAAACCCAAGUCAGGUUCUUCCUAUCGUCAUUGCUCGUCUGAAGCAAAAGGUUGAAGAAUGGAAGCUCAGCCAACGCGAGUGGGAGAAGGUCUGGCGGGAGCAGAUGCAAAAGGGAUACUGGCGAAGUCUUGACCAUCAGUCUUCUAUCAACAAGAAGGACGAUAAGAAAACUCUCACGACUAAGCACUUCCAGGCGGAGGUUCAAGCUAAAUUUGAAGAAGCAAGAGCCCUUCGCCGAAGCGGAUUCCCGGUACUCAGCUACCAAUUUAAACAUACCUUUGCGGAUUCCGAAGUUAUCCUCGAUACCACCUAUUUAAUCCUCUGUUACAUUGACCAUAAUUCAGCGGGUUUUGGCGCUGAUCCGCAGAAAGUGAUGAAUUUCGUCAGAGACUUCGUCCCGAUAUUUUUCGGUAUGGAUCGAGACGCAGUUAGGACUUAUCUAAGCGAGGUUUACGAUAGCAGUCCUGCAAGUGAGGAAAUGGAUCAUGACAGUAUCCCAUCCGACGAGAUGAAUGGUACUCGCGUUCGCCGUGCGGUCAACAGCAAGAAACUGGACCUCCUCCGCGAAGUGCUUGAUAAUCGGGUUGACAAGGUCUCGAGGCUAGACGGAGAAAGAAGUACUGCAUCGAUCAGUCGGUUCUCAACUCCAGGUCUUGGAUCCGCAACCGAAUCUACCCCAGCUCCCGACUCUAAUUGUACUUUUGAUUCCGCUGAGUUGCAGUGGAUGGACCAUCCUAGUCAAGGAAACUUUAAUCAGCAGCGUGAAUACCCGUUGAAUGAACCCUACAAAAAGAAGGUCCAUCACCUGUAUGGGAAUCUCACAAUCUACUGCUUCAUUCGUACUUUUGAGAUGCUAUAUACUCGUCUGUUGCACUUGAAGGGAGGUGAAGAAGCUGCCCAUGAGGAAUUGCGUCGUGCGAUGGCCCCCAAAGCAGCCUACGACUUGGGAAUGAUCGACAAGGCGCCCAAGGAAUUCUUUUACGAUACGGACCCAAAAGCAAAUCUUUACCAUCAAAUGGUUCGCAUGUGCGAGGAGCUGGUGAAAGGCCACUUGGACCCGGGCCACAUGGAAGACACCUUACGCCGCUUUUACAACAGAAACCGUGGCUGGGAGCUCUAUACCCUUGACAAAUUGCUCGGCGCUAUCGCGAAAUUUGCAAGUAAUAUUUUCAACACCGAUCCCAAGGACAAGAGCGCGGACAUUGUCAAUCUCUUCUUCAAAGAACGCGACAAGGAAGAAACGACGCAUAAUCAUGAAAUUCAAUAUCGCAAGCAGGUGGAGAGAUUGAUAAAGGAUGGAGAUAUUUAUCGUAUAUCUUAUUUCCCGGCCUCGAACGCCGUCACGGUACAACUCUUAACCACCGAAGACAGCACCCUUGAGAGCGAUGACCUCACACCCGAGGCGAGAUGGUCGUAUUAUGUCUCUGCAUAUAGCAUGCGUGAUCCCACCGAGGGGGUUAUAUUUUCGGAUAUGCGCAUUCCAUUCUUGAAGCGCAAUCUCCCUCCCAAGCUGGACUCGGAUGAAGAGUACAACCAAUUUUACAAGCCCUUGAUCAGUCACGAGGGAUUGGUCAUUCGGGUCUGUGCAAACAGCUAUCAUAUCCUCUACGAACCGGGUACGGAAGAAUGGUGGUGCCGUCUUACCCAGUCGAACGAUGCUGAGCAAGAAGCUUCGCAGAAACUUGCUGCAGUCAAGGAGAAGCGCAGAAACCGCUUCGAAGAGAAGUUUGUGAAUAACUCGCGGUGGACGGAUGGCCUUAGCAAGGUUGAAGUUGACGAAUUCAAUCAGCGGUUUAGAUCCUGGAUUAAAGCUCAAGACCAGGAUGCCCCGAAUGUAGAGAAAAGUCAAACUAGAACCUCUGAUGAUCAUCGCGAGAAAGAGGACGAGGUAAUGACUGAUGCUGAUUGAUCUUUCGAAGUUUCC